AUGUGGCGCGUGCGGCAGGAGUUCAAGCGCUACCAGGUCGCCAAGUCACAGCCGUUCGCCCGGACCGACCAGCGCCACGACGGCGAGCUCCACAACCUCAACCAGCUCCGCACCGACACUGUCGCUGCCCUCGGCGGCGUCGAGACCAUCCUCGAGCACUCGCUCUUUGCCGCCACGGCCCACCCGACCUGGGAGGGCCUCUUUUGGGAAAGGUCGUCGUCGUUCCAGGAGAGCAUGCAGCACAAGCGCCUCACCAACGCACAGCGCUCCGGUCUCAGCCAGAUCCCCAACCGCCGCUUCACCCUCUGGUGGUCGCCCACCCUCAACCGAUCCAGCGUCUACAUCGGCUUCCAGGUCCAGCUCGACCUCUGCGGCGUCCUCAUGUCCGGCAAGAUGCCCUCGCUCAAGAUCUCCUACAUCCAGCUCUUCCGCGCCCACCUCUGGCAAAGGUCCCACAAGUCCGUCGUCGUGGACCUCUGCCAGGUAUUCGACCAGGAACUCGAGGCCCUCUCCAUCGAGACCGUACAGAAGGAGACCAUCCACCCGCGCAAGUCCUACCGCAUGACGGCCUCCUUGUCCGACAUCCUCCUCUUUGCCAGCUACAAGUGGCCAAUGUCCCGCCCGUCCCUCCUCACCGACGCCCGCGACGUCCUCGACGGUUCCUCCGGCAACAAGUGGUGGGUCGACGUCCAGCUUCGAUGGGGCGACUACGACUCCCACGACAUCGAGCGAUACUGCCGCGCAAAGUUCCUCGACUACACCUCCGACAACACCUCCAUCUACCCAUCCGCCACCGGCACCCUCAUCGGAAUCGACCUCGCCUACAACAUCCACUCCGCCUACGGCAUCUGGUUCCCCGGCACGCAGAGCGGAGAGCUGCCGUCCGGGGUCUCCGACGAUUGUCAGAUUCUGUACCUACUCGUCGCAAUGUCAAACAUGAAGAUCUUCAUCCGCUACUUCUGCAUCGUGUACAAGGAGCUGACCGAGGUCGACCUCGCUCUCAAGCACCAGGAGAUCCUCUUCAAGAGCGACCUCGAAGACGAGCACAAACGCGCCAGGCUGCUUGCCAUCGAAUGGGUCAUGUGGUGGCGCGACUCGGUCUUCGAUCCCAAUGGAUGCAUGGCGUCUUCGCUCGUUGGCUACGGCUGCAGGAGGCCCACCGUCGCCGGCUGUCUCAAGUACGCCUGGGUCGACGGACGAGUGCUCUGGCUCAAGGUGACCAUGGUCGACUGCCUGUUCUGCCUCAAGCACCUCGAACUUUGCCACACCAUCGUGUCCGACGACGAGCGCCCCGACGAAUGCUGCGUCGCCGACAGCACUGGCGUCUCGGACCCGACCUUCGACGUCAAGAAGACGGGCCUGUCCACGGAUCCGGAGCCGGCGUUCGACGACCCCGCCCACUGCCAGCCCAUCUUUGGCUGGUCGCUCCUCGAGGUGAAGCAGUAUGUCCGCCGUCUCCGCAGGCGCAAGGAGCAGGCCAUCCUUGCUCGCGGCCCCGACCUCUGA